CGGUAUGAAAUGACCGAGAAUACGACACCACCGUGCAUGUGUGCGCAAAACUAUGUGGCAUAUCACAAAUACCUGCGAAAUAACAGACAUGUGUCCACCAGAACCAAGCUGGCACCGACAGAAACGUCUCGCUUCGAGAGGGGCAGGUGAUUGUUUCUCUCCCUCGCUGGUUGUCAUGGAGUCAAGGUGUGUGUAAUAGCAUGCGGUGACAACGACAAAACUUUAGACAGGCACCUGUAAUCAAAAAGUCAGGUGAAAACAACUGUCAAAACAAUUCAUAAAAAACAUCACGAGCAAAUAACCGCUAAAUUAGCCCAUAACAGACUUUUUUUUAAAACCAGUAUAAAACAAUUCGUGAGAAAAUCGAUUCAGCUUUUGUGUUCCGGAAACAAACAAUUCUUCGACAUUGGAUAUCCAUGCAUAUAUGUAUAUUUUUAGAUUUUUUGUUAGAGCCAACACUGUUUAAUAAAACAUGUUCUGAUUCUGCUGGUGUUAUCCCCAGCUAGAAAUUGGUUGCCAAGCAUUGCAUCAUUCCUUUCAUGUGACUCCCAUACGCCCCAAAUUCGUCCUGGCCGUCUUAUGACUGCAUCACAAUUGCUGCUCGUACAAACUAUACAGGGCAAGGGAAGAGAGGAACAACCAGCUGCUACGACACCACGCCCCGCCUCGCUGCUGAUUUCGGCCACUCUAUUGGAUGUCGCCAAGGAAAAGAUCUUAACUUCGCUCUUCUGAUUGGGUCUUCGGAACGUUAGUCAUCCACGUGCCGGUUUAGGUUGUGAAGAAACGCUCUUCCCAUGCAUAGUUCGGUUGGCCUCUCGCUCGAUAUAAACACCGCCGGGAGUUUCCGAAAAAUCACAUUCAGCCGUCAAGACUGAACAAUGGUUAACAUGAGCUAUCACCAAUUUUCACUAAAAUAUCCACAUUCAAGCUCAAGACAGUCGAGAAGGCGAACGAAUAAAAGAAAAAGGAAUUGUUGGGACAAGCUAUCUCCAACAAAUUGGCAGACUUGAUUAACAGAGACUUUCUAAAGGUCCAGUGUGAAGCGUGUGGCCGAGUAUCUGUGCGUUGCGACUGAUUGGCGAGAUGACUGCCGAGUGGCUACACCUGCCCCCGCCGUACCCCCCUGGCGUGGGGCCGUUGUGUGGUGCAGAGUUGGAGGCGUGGUAUGAGGACCUGCAGGAUAUUCUGGGCUCCGACACGGGAGGGGCAAAACUGGCGCGUGCCCCCACAUGCACCGAGAAGGAGCCGGAGUUUCUGGAUGUUCUGGAAAGUUGUUCUCUGACGUGGUUGACGGACGGGAGCCAGACGUGGGGCGAGGGUGUCCAGAGGGCAACAGAGGAGAUCCACAACACCCAGCCUCUGCAUCACACCUCAUCGUCGUCAUCCUCCUCUUCUUCCUCCUCCUGCAUGAGUCCAGCUGUUGCAGAAGAGCGGCGGGUGGAGGCUGAGAGUGGGAGAAGUGGAGAUAGUUCGACGGGAGGUGGCAGUGACCUGCUGCCCCCAGAGUUCUUCGAGUUGCUGAGUGAAGGAGGAGUGGGAAUGGUGGAUCCGAGCGGAGCAGUCAUCAGCAGUGGCUAUUAUUACCACCACCAUCAACACCACCAGGCUAAUAAUGUCCAUCCCGCGUCUCCCUCGGCCAGUGAGGAGGAACUGCCCUGUGUCCCAGAUUCUCCAUCCUGCUCCUCCUCUGCCUCCCAGUCGCCAUCUCAAAAUUGUUCUUCACCGUCCUCACCCGUCUCUUCUCCGUCCGUCUACCCAUCCUCCCGCCUGGGAAAACGCAAGAGGACCACCAGCGAGAGGGCCAACAGUGCCUUGUCCUCUUUCGCCUCCUCCACGCAGCACACAUCCUCAUCAUAUUCGUCUGCCAAAAAGAGUCGCAAAGAAAGAGAGCAGGAGAACGAGAGGAAGGUACAGGAGCUGACGGAGCAGAAUGAACGUUUGAAAGCAGAGAUUGAAAGGUUGGGAGAGGAGGUACAGAGGACACGUAGAGCCCUGAUAGAGAGAUUAGUCAACACCAGGAAAUGAGGGGGAAAAAGAAAGACAGGAUGGAAGAAAGGAAUAAAUGACAGGUCCUACAGAAUUGGAAUAAGCAGUGGUGGGGAAAGGUGUAAUAUGGUGGACAUGAAAUGCCUCUUAGACAAGAAAGAGAUAUUUUUUAGGAGAGGAUUUUUGGAAAAGAUAGAGUGCUAAAGAUGGCAAGAAGGAAGAAAGUGAUGAAAGUCAAGACAAGGAAAGGCACAGAGAGAUGGGCUGCAACAGCACUGCGGCAAAUAAAAAGACACAGCAUGUACAAAGGAAAAGGAAGAACAGACAGCUCUAAGUGCAAAUCAUGCAGUGGUUUUUAUGAAUGUUUGUCAUUGUAUAGAAUGCCUAACACAGAGUUCCAUCAAAAAGGACUGCAGAGAUAAUAGUUAUGAGCGUUUGAUGAUUUGUAUGUAGGACAGAAAGGAUUCAGAGAGUGCAUUUCAUUGUCAUCCCUUCCCACCAUUUUGCAAUAAAUUGUAACUCCUACUUUAAGGGCUGCAAUCUGGCUAGCAGAGAUUAUUUGCCCCAAUUUGUGGAGAGUUUAGGAGCUCAGGAAAAGUUUUGAAAGUGCCCAUUGCAGUGUGAGUAUGAGAGAAUGGUUUUUUUUGGAAGAGAAUUCAUACCUUUUCUUACUUUUUUAUAACCGAUGGCUUGUGUGUAUGUGUAUUUAAAUAAAGCAAGUAGGACCCGGCUAUACUUUCGAAGCUGACCUUUUCUAUCAAUAUGUGAAUUAGUGGUAGGAAUUAUAAAUUGUUCUACCCUGAUUUACUAUUUUUAUAUAACGCUGUAAAAUAUACAAUUGUACUGUAAUGGCUUGUACUGUAAUAUGCCAACACAGCUACUUAUUUUCUCAUUGUAGUCACAUAAAUUGUUAAUCGUAGAAUAAUAUGCAUGGCUUUUAUCAUUAAUGGAAUCAAUUUCAUGUAUUUUACCAUACUAUUUCUUUUAUCCUUCAUUGUAAUCCCAAAUUUGCAAUAAAAGAAAUAAUGUGCA